AUGGAAGAAAAUACCUUGCACAAGAGGAACAUGGCCAAUGACGAUCACCUGAGUAACUUAAGCUCUCCUUUCUUUACCAAAUCUUCCCAUUACUGUGGGAUUCUGAACGUCCAGAAUACGUCGUGGAAUGUCCAGGAUUGGGAUGGAAUAGGAAUCUAUCAACAAUUCCACAUUAAAUGCUCUGAAUCCCAGCUUCAGCGAGGUUCCGGAAGGUUUUUGUGUCUUGAGAAUGGGACGUGGAAAUCGGACCUUAUUUAUCUACCUAGAGAUUGUAAAAACCUCCAUGAGUAUGGUGAGAAUAAUUCAGGAAAAGACGUAAUCCACCAGUUAACAAAGGGAAAGAUCUCUAAUCUCUACAUUUCCAUUACUCUGGUUGACGGUAGAAAACUAUACGAGUUGUACGAACAGUUCUCGGUUUCAAAUGAAGCAGAUAACUAUCAACUCUUUCUUGCGGGGACAGCCUCCGGAACCCUAGGUGACAGUAUGAUGCACACAGACACUUCUUCCGGGGAUCUGUCUGGAAUGAAAUUCACGACAUCUGACAGAGAUAACGAUAUGUCGACCAGGAACUGUGCUACUUAUUUUAAAGGAGGCUGGUGGUUCAACAACUGUUACCGCGCCUUUCUUAAUGGUGCCUGGACCCCGGAUAGUUGGAUAAAUCCUUGGUAUCCCAUGGUUAGAUCAGGGGAAUCUAUUAAGGAGACUGUAAUGAUGAUCAAAAGUUUAUAG